CUUAAGUACCACGUGACAUAUUUUCCCAACUUCUUUCGCUCUCCUGAAUUUGGCUGACUAGUACUAAAGGAGGUUGAGGAAAUGUCAAGUGAAAGUCUAUGAAAUUCGAAGUACCACCAGAAUUUGAGACGUGAAGCCCUUUGCGUCGAAUUUGAUUAUCUUCUUUACCGACGCACGCAGCAUCUCUGUGGCAAAGAGACAGACCAACCGACACAGAUCCGACCCUUGUGCUGAAACAAUGGCGGCUUUUAGUAAAUAUGUCACACCGAAGAAUUCCUCCAUAGCAGGUGGCAUUUUACUGAUGUUAUAUUUGCUGAAAAAUAGAAGACGAAAGCCAAAGCAGGAGUGUCCAAAGCAACGAUCAGAUUUGGUGCCAAACUUGGAGAAGGAUGGCAAAAAAGACCGUGCGGCAGUUGACAGAAUUUUCUUUCUUCGAAUUAUGCGGAUAUUGCGGAUCAUGGUGCCUCAGGUUUUUUGCAUGGAGACUGGAUACCUGAUCCUAAUUGCUCUGAUGUUGGUGGCAAGGACCUACUGUGAUGUAUGGAUGAUUCAGAAUGGGACCAUGAUUGAAAGUGCAAUCAUUGGCCGCUCAAGAAGCGAUUUCAAGACCUUCUUGUUCAGCUUUAUCCGAUUCAUGCCACUCAUAGCCUUGGUGAACAACUUCCUCAAGUUGGGGCUGAAUGAGCUCAAACUGAGGUUUCGAGAACGCCUUACAAAGCACCUGUAUGACCAGUAUCUACAGGGCUUCACCUACUACAAAAUGGGCAACUUGGACAACCGGAUUGCCAAUGCAGACCAGUUGCUGACUCAAGAUGUGGAAAAAUUCUGCAACAGUGUGGUGGAGCUGUAUUCCAACCUCAGCAAGCCUUUGCUGGAUAUCGGUUUAUACAUCUUCAAGUUGACCACUGCCAUCGGGGCUCAGGGCCCUGCCGUGAUGAUGUCAUACCUGCUCAUCUCAGGUUUGCUGCUGACCAGAUUGAGGAGACCCAUCGGCAAAAUGACUGUCACGGAGCAGCGCUAUGAAGGAGAGUACCGCUAUGUAAACUCUCGCCUCAUCACCAACAGUGAGGAGAUUGCAUUCUACAAUGGAAACCUGAGAGAAAAACAGACCAUUCACUCUACGUUUAAGAAACUUGUUGACCAUCUACAUAACUUCAUCUUCUUCCGUUUCACAAUGGGAUUUGUGGACAGCAUAAUUGCCAAAUACAUCGCCACUGUUGUGGGCUACCUGGUGGUUAGCAGGCCAUUCUUAAACCUCUCCCACCCGCGACAUCAGCACAGCAGACAGUCUGAGCUACUGGAGGAUUAUUACCAGAGUGGGAGGAUGCUCCUUCGCAUGUCCCAGGCGCUCGGCAGAAUUGUUCUCGCCGGUCGAGAAAUGACUCGGCUCUCGGGCUUCACAACUCGUAUCACUGAACUGAUCAAAGUCUUGAAGGAUUUAAAUUCUGGCAAAUAUGAACGCACCAUGGUCUCCCAACAGAGGGAGUCGGACACAACAGAAAGCCUGACACUCGUGCCUGGAAGAGGUCAAAUUAUCAACAGAGAUAACAUCAUCAAAUUUGACCAUACGCCUUUAGCGACGCCAAAUGGAGACAUUCUGAUCAGAGACCUUACAUUUGAGGUGAGUUCUGGAACCAAUGUUCUGGUGUGUGGACCAAAUGGUUGUGGCAAGAGCUCGCUGUUCAGAGUCCUUGGCGAGCUUUGGCCACUCUUUGGUGGACAGCUGACCAAACCAGAGAGAGGGAAGCUCUUCUAUGUUCCACAGAGACCCUAUAUGACCCUUGGUUCUCUGCGAGACCAAGUCAUUUACCCGGACACCAUUGAAGAACAAAGGAAGAAAGGAAUAUCUGAUCAGGUAUUGAAGGAGUACUUGGAUAAUGUUCAGCUGGGCCACAUCCUUAACAGGGAGGGCAGUUGGGACACAGUGCAGGACUGGAUGGAUGUUUUGAGUGGAGGAGAAAAGCAGAGGAUGGCUAUGGCCCGACUGUUCUAUCACAAACCCCAAUUUGCUAUUCUGGAUGAGUGCACCAGUGCAGUGAGUGUUGAUGUGGAACACUAUAUCUACAGCCACUGCAGGAUGGUGGGCAUUACUUUGUUCACAGUGUCUCACAGAAAGUCUCUUUGGAAGCAUCAUGAAUAUUACCUGCACAUGGAUGGCAGAGGAAGCUACGAAUUCAAACCCAUCACAGAGGAAACUGUGGAGUUUGGCUCCUAAUUGGUUACUCCAGUCCUCACUGAAAUGCACUUGUCUGCUAAUCCAGUCCAAGCUUUGCACAGAAAACGGUGCCUAUACUAGAAUAUGAGGUCAUGGUAUUGUAAGGCGUGGCUUUGGUUUGGUUCGGUUCUUGGGACCUCUAAUUGUUCAUUUGUUCUAUGUAAUAAUCUCAUGAAGCAGACUAACAACGGUUGGCAUCAUGUUUUAUAGUGAAGAAUGUCCAGGGCAGGGCAGGGCACAGAAACCCAUUGAGUUUCAGAGGAAAGUAAUUGUUCCAGCAGUUUCAGUUACCGUCCAUGCCCAAAAAAUGUCUCUUGAUAUGUUUUAUACUGUGAUGGCCUUAUUAUGAUUGAGAAGUCGUGUGUCCAUGUUGGCCACUCAACCCUGAGUCAGCUGAGAUGUUAAAGCAAGAGGAACAGAAUUAAAGAGACGGACGGUAAAGUGA